UAAUUAUUAAGAGAAAAGAUAAACAUUUUACCGGCUUCCUUGGAAGUUUUGAUGUGUUUUGGUGUUUAGAGGAUGACGUGAGUAAGAGUAUUGUUAACGUUCUGGGGGUCAUUGAAUGUACGUCGCCUCAGAAAUUAGUUGACCACGUAAGAGAAAAACUACAGAAUAUAGUACAAAAUUCAGAUGCCGAGAAGCUAUUUUAUAGACGAAAUGAAGCAUAUGGUUUUUACUAUUGGAAAAAAUGUUGUUAUAUCGACAUUAGUCAAUACGUGUGUGUGAUUGAUGUAUCGAAUACUACAGAGCUGAACGAAUCAGAUUUAGAAGUUAUUAUGACAGAAAUAUCUUACCUGCCAUUACCAUUUAAUGACGAGGGUCUAUUUCAAGUACUAAUAACAAAUCAAAAAUUGAAAAAUAAUAACGGUAAAGAUGAGUAUGGCGUUAUUAUAAGAUUACACCAUGCUGUAGGUGAUGGAGCGGCUUUAAUAGAAUUUUUAUGCGAAACAUUAGCAGAUGAUAGUGACACUGAUUCUAGAGCCUUUUGUGUGCCAGUAUUUUACAAUCAAAAAACUAAAAGGACUCUCGCUGACUAUUUAGAAAUAAUAAUUAAAUUUUGUAAAAUUCCAAGUUGUUUAAUAGAUGGUCUAUUGAGGGAGCCUGAUAGAACUUCCUUGCACGGUCCUGCGUUAAAUGGAAAAAAAAUCUUCAAAUGGAUGGAAUACGAUCAGGAUUUACUUCACCUUGUAAAAGAUAUAAAGAAAAAUACGAAGUUACAUUUUUCAGAUAUUUUAAUAUCGUCAUUAUCUUUGGGCUUAAGAGAUUAUUUUCUACAGGAAAUUGACCCAGCGCCAAAUACGGUUGCUGUAAUACUACCAAUUAGGUUUCCGCAAAACAAAAAUGACGGUGUCAGAUUGGAAAAUAAUUUUACUGUGAGCAUAUUGGAUUUGGAAGUAGGAGCAGACAUAGAGACUGUAAAAAGACAUAUGAAUGAACUGCGAGAUAGUGCUGAUCCUCUUUCAAACCACUUCUUCCUCAAGUUGUGUGGUAUCUUGCCAAAAGAAAUACUUCACCCGGCAUUUUAUAGUAACCAAGCUACUAUGACGUUGAGUAAUUUGCCGGGAACAAGGGCUUUAACUAUUUGUGGUGGCUUACUAAAGUCUUUGGUAUUUUUCAUCCCAAGUAAAGGAAAUACAGGUUUAAGUAUAACAGUUUUAUGUUACGGAGGAGUGCUGAGUUUUGGAGCGAUGGCAGACUCAGCACUUAUAUCAAAUCCGGACGAACUGGCCAUCAUUCUGAACGGGAUGGUCAAAGGAAUAAAACAGUUACAUAAAGAAUUCGUUAAGUAAAUAACAGCAGCCUUAAAUUUUUACACUUUUGGCUUCUCAGUAGAAGGUAUGGAGAAGAUCAAAUGAAAUAGCUCAAGAUGAUACGAAGUGCACAAUCAGAUCGUUUCUCAUUCCAGCAAACAUUUUUGUAUUUUCAUAUGUGCAAUGUUUUUACUAAAAUAAAUCAAAAAAAUUCUAAA